AAUCGACUCGUUCGCGACCUACACAUCACUAUAUAGGGUAGCAUCGUCAUAACGGUUAGUGUGCAUUAGAGUAGCAUCGGCUUGGCAGGUAGCGGGACGUCCUGUCCUCUCAACGGGGAACUCAUGGCCUCUGCUCCUCCACACAAUUUCUCCUGGGUGGAUCCAGAUAAACUGGCGGGACUGGCGCUGCCCAGGAUGGCAUCUGAAUACCAGUACCUGCUGGACAACGGGAUCAAACACCUGGUUUGCCUGUGUGAGAGAAAACCGCCGUACUAUGACUCGUGCCCUGAGUUACAGCUGCACCACAUCAAGAUAGUGGACUUCACUCCUCCUUCACCCAGUCAGAUUGACAGAUUCCUCUCUAUCGUGGAAGAGGCCAACUCCAAGGGGGAGGGUGUGGGAGUUCACUGCAUGCACGGUCACGGGAGAACAGGGACCAUGCUGGCCUGCUACCUGGUGAAGACGAGGAGGAUAUCGGGGAUCGACGCCAUCAAGGAGAUCCGCGACCUGCGACGAGGCUCCAUCGAAACUCAGGAACAAGAGAAAGCUGUGGUUCAGUUCUAUCAGCGCACAAAGUAGCUUUCACAGCAGGAAUAAAGGAACUGUUCCGCUUCUGUUAGGAAGCCGAAGCAGCAGUGGGUUUUUGUUUACAGUUAAUAAGCAUAAAAUAAGUGUUAGAAGUGCCUCAAUUAUAUUGUUAAAUGAACGCUUUAUUAUCUGUGAAUAGGAAGAUACAAGAAUUAAUGUUUAUACAGGUGAUAAAUCAAAAAACUGAACCACAGUAUGUCCCUGGGACACUAAGACAAACAUCUCUACAGUAAAUAAUAUAUUUAAAACCUCACACUGUCUUUUUACAUGGUGCUGUAUACUGUCAUUUUGCUUAGCACACGAUUACUUUCGUUUCUACAGACACGCUCCUCCUCUGAGGUUUCUGUCAACAAGGCUUUAACCGUCAUUUAUGCACUGGACGCCAGAGAAAAGAGACGCUGACGCUCCUUGAACGUGAGCUUCUCAGGAGCUGACGCCCUUCUGAUUUUCUCUUCCUGGUUUCUGUGAAGAAAAAAUUAUAUUAGCAGGAAUACUUGAAUUCUAUUGAUCGCUUAUGAAGACACAAAUAGUAGCCUGUGCUGUUUUGAAAUAUAUUUCAAACACUUUUUUUGGAAGAAUUAAACUCUUAUAAUACCUCACUGUUUUUUUUAAAAAUAGACUAAAUUAAGAGGCUUGUUGUGAUAGUACACAACUGUGCACAGACAUUUCUGUUAUUAAACCUAUAUGAGUAGUAAUGCUGCAUAAAUAGAAUAUCAAUGUUUUACAGCCAAAAAGCUCAAACUCACUCUUUUGAUGCCAUGUUGUUCAAGUCUUGACUCCAUCCAGUCGCUCUUUGAUCUGCCAAAAACACGGAAAUUUUGCACUGUACAUAAAAUAUCUGACCAACUCUUAUGAAUAAAUGAAGCUAUUACUAUUA